AUGAGCUACAAAUCCAACUACGAACCUUACACAAGCCAAAGUCUCGACUUGAACAGAGUCCGGCCCUCUGAAGAGCUUCUUUACCCAUUAGGAGGCCUGUACCCACACGUCGUCGCACUCCAGCUACAAUCACACGAUGAAAACCCGUGGUCCGCAGCGAAGCACUUCUCAGGAUACCAAGACAUCUCAUACUGGUCAGAAGUAGUUUCUUCUCCACGAUCACUACCGGAACAUUACUCGAAGCACCCACUACGCAGGUACAGCGAAACUACAAAGUCAAAAUUCGUUUCUAGAAUCCGGCGAUUCCUCAGCCGAGAUGACCUGCGAAAGCGCCGACGAUUUGAGUGA